AUGAUCCGUGUUAGGUUUUCCGUGUUUACAGUACCUUCCCUCCUAUUACUAUCGCUGGUUGCACUCGCGCUCGGACAGCAACAGGUGAAUCAGGAAUGCAUCGUUACAACUGGAAGCCCUGGACGAUGUAUCCGCUUAAAGGACUGUGCAAAGAUAUAUGAAAUUUGGAACCGAAAAAUUGUCUUCCAGUCGGAAACGGAUGAGUUAACAGCCGUAUUGAGUGCCUGUGGAAGUGAUGGAGAUUCAUUGGAUCCGAUCGUUUGUUGUGAAACCCCGACAUUAUCACCAGGAAGAAGAACGGUUGUAACUGCAACAACAAGAGCAACAACGACUGCUGCUCCAAUGCCGAUCACCAUAAGACCAACACCAGCACAACCUACUACGAUCAGCACCCGAACUACUGUCAGAUACGAUCACUACAGAGAUGUGCUACCGCCGUAUUGUGGUCAAAAGAGCAAUCUCGGAUUCAACAUCAUUUCGGAUGCGACAGACGACAAUAAUGUUCACGUGUGGGCAGUUCUUUUGGAGAUUAAUAAGACCGACAGCAAAACCCCCUCCCGAUGUGCGGGAACCUUGAUCCAGGAACGCUUCGUACUGACCGCAGCUCAUUGUGUAUUUAAAUUACCCAAAGAAAAUAUCAAGCUGUUUUUCGGCGUAUCCAAAGUCAGCAAACUGCAGCAAUGUUUGGUACUUGGUGAAUGUCAGGAGCGCGGUGCUGCAGAAUUCAUCAUUCAUCCAGAGUACAAUCCUCACGCUCGGGCAAAUGAUAUAGCACUUAUUUGGUUAAAUAAUACGGUAGACCUCGACAGCGUUGUGCCAGCUUGUCUGCCGCUAAAUUACACUCUCGACGAGAGCGUAUCCCACGAUACACGUGUUCAUUCGGUUGGCUGGGGCACAAACGAAAGCGGAAAUUGGAGCGAUUCGAAGGGUGUAGUAUUGUUGAAUGUUAAAUCGCAGGACUUAUGUGGCAAUUUCCUCAGGUGGAAAUUUCCACGAUUCGAUCCAAGUAUGUUCUAUAGUGUCAUGUGCACUGUUGGUAACAGUGAGGGGCAGGACGUAUGCAGGGGGGACUCCGGAGCACCGUUGCUGAAAUUUCACGAGGAAAAGUACUAUGUGGUCGGUGUGGUUGGUUUUGGGCCCAAAUGUAGCUGGCUAACUGACCCUAGCGUAUCUGCGAGAGUGUCAGAGUACUUGGGUUGGAUUCUUCUCAGUUUGAAGCGUUUUCAAUAUUUAGAAUAA